CGUACAUGCUCAGUACGAUGGCAGGUUAUAAACUGUUGACAAAAGUCACCCUGCGUUGAAGUUGAGCUCAGGUGCCACUUCAUAUCGCUGUCCUCGUCAUGAUCGUGUAUGUGCGCUUUAACUCCAGUCAUGGUUUCCCUGUGGAGUUGGAGCGAGGGGCGAGCGUGGCGGAUCUGAAGGAGACGGUGGGCCGGCUGCAGGGCGUCCAGCCUGAUCAGCUGAGGGUCAUCUUCGCAGGCCGGGAGCUCCACAGUGACUCCACCCUGCAGGGCUGUGAUCUUCCAGAGCAGAGCACCGUUCAUGUAGUGCUUCCACCGUCCGGUUCAGCGCGACACUCUGAGCUGGUGCUACAGCAGAGGCUGGGCAGAGGGGUGAACAGUUUGACCCGACUGGACCUCAGCGCCUCCCGACUGCAUGCCACCUCUACCGGCCUGGCCGUCAUCCUGGAGACAGAGCAGUCCAGCACAGAGGACUCUGACACACAGACAGAGUCCAAAGCCCAUAGCAGUUUCUAUGUAUUCUGUAAGACGGUGUGCAGGGCUGUCCAGCCUGGGAAGCUACGCGUCCGCUGCAGAACCUGCAAGCAAGGAACCCUGACGCUCAGCCGGGGACCAUCGUGUUGGGACGACGUCCUUCUCCCAGAUCGGAUUCACGGCGUAUGUCAGUCGCAGGACUGUGAUGGCCGAGUGGCGGAGUUUUAUCUGAAGUGUGCGGCUCAUCCCACCUGUGACAAUGACACGUCGGUGGCACUGGACCUCAUCAUGCCUAACGUGAGGCGCGUCCCUUGCAUCGCCUGCACUGAUGUCCUGUGUCCUGUGCUGGUGGCUCAGUGUGCCGAGCGUCAUGUGAUCUGUCUGGACUGCUUCCAUCUGUACUGUGUGACCAGACUGAACGAGCGACAGUUCAUCUUUGACCCAGUGGUGGGCUACUCUCUCCCCUGUGCUGCUGGAUGUCCUGAGUCUCUCAUUAAAGAGGUGCAUCAUUUCCGGGUCCUGGGUGAAGAGCAGUAUGAGCGGUAUCAGCGUUACGCUGCUGAAGAGUGUUUGCUGCAGAUGGGGGGAGUUCUGUGUCCUGCUCCGGGCUGUGGGGCCGGUCUGUUGCCUGAGGAGAACCGCAGGAGGAUUCAGUGUGAGCUGGGUGAUGGACUGGGCUGUGGGUUUGUGUUCUGUCGGGACUGUAAGGAGGAGUAUCAUGAGGGCGAGUGCAGACAGAGGAAUUCUCCAGCAGCAGGAGGCGCCCUGCAGGGUUAUGUGGUGGAUGAGGAAGCUGCUCUGAGAGCUCGCUGGGAGCAGGCCUCUCAGGAGGCCAUAGAGGAGACCACUCGACCGUGUCCCAAGUGCAGAGUGCCGGUGGAGAAAAACGGUGGCUGCAUGCACAUGGUGUGCCCUCGAGCGCAGUGCAAGUUCGAGUGGUGCUGGCUGUGUCAGGUGGAGUGGAACAGAGAGUGUAUGGGCAACCACUGGUUUGGAUGAACUGCACACACUAGGCUCGCUCGGACUCAGGGAAACGGGCUGCAUGUGUGUGUGUGGACGCACGUUAGCAUACAGGCCCUCUAAUUUUAACAUCUAAAGAUAAUCACAGCACAAUUUGUCAUUAAUGGUGUUAUGAGAUCAUAUCAGUGCCACCACCAUCUGAAUGAAUUUGUGGUAACCACAACUUUGGUGAGAUGGAAAGGAGAUUAUAUGCAUAAUGUAACCCAGAUGGUGUGUAUCAUGUUGGGUUUAAUGUAUGCUGGUUGUUGUGUAUCACAAUCUUAUUAAAAUAUUUAUGUAAAUUCCA